AUGAAACAGCAGAGAGUUUACUACCAUCCAAACACUGCCCCUUGCAGGAUCAAACUGGAAGGUACACAGACACACCUGGUGGGUGCGGGUGGACACACACCUUCCGCUCCAAGUGAACUUCACAGGAUGACCAAUCACACAUCCUUCCCACUUACUUCUGACCCCUUCUACCAAUCCCAGAGCUAUGCCCCUACCAUGGUCCAAUCAGAUCUCCCCAUGAUUUUGGACUGUACCAUGAGCAGAGAAAGGGCCCCGGCUCCUUCUUCUCUGUCCUACCCCGGACUCUACCACCGGCCCUAUCAUGGCUACCGCCAGCAGAAAGGGGGCAUGCCUUUCAGCUGCAGUCCAGCCUCUGCAGCCCCUCCAACAUCUCCCGCACCGAACAAUUCCCUGACACCCCUCACCACACCGACAACAACCCCGAGUUCGACACCGAGCUCCACGCCAUGUUCAACCCCUGCUCCAACUUCAACUCCCACCCCUACUGCGACCCUCAGCACUGCCUCUAGCCUUCUCCUCCAGCUGCAAGACGGGGAGCCGGAUGAGGCCCAGUUGUGUGCCAAGGUUCUGGCCAGCCUGCAGAGAGAACAAGCCAGCCGAGGGAAGCACGACUGCCUCAACACCUUCAGUAUCAUGUGCAAAAUGGCCGACCAGACUCUCUUUGGUCUGGUGGAGUGGGCCCGCAACAGCCCUCUCUUUAAGGAGCUUAAGGUGGAGGACCAGAUGGCUUUGCUGCAGAGCUGCUGGAGUGAACUGCUGGUACUGGACCACCUGUGCAGACAAGUGACCUACAGCAGAGAGGGCUGCAUCUACCUGGUCACUAGACAACAGAUUGAGGUAUCGACGGUUCUCUCCCAGGCUGGGGCUACUCUGAGCAGUUUGGUGUCCAGGACUCAGGACCUGGUUUUUAAACUCAAGGCACUCCAACUGGAUAGACAGGAGUUUGUGUGUCUCAAAUAUCUGGUGCUCUUCAACCCUGAUGUGAAGUCUGUGCAGGAGCGCAGGCAGGUGGAGCAGACCCAGGAGAGGGUGAACCGGGCCCUGAUGGAGCACACCCUGCACACCCACCCCGGACACUCGGACAAGUUUGGCCAGCUUCUCCUGCGGCUCCCGGAGGUGCGGAGCAUCAGCCUGCAGGUGGAGGAGUACCUUUACCAGCGCCACCUGCUGGGCGACCUGCCCUGCAACUCCCUGCUGACAGAGAUGCUGCACGCCAAGCACAGCUGAUGGUGCCGUUCUGCUGGGAGCUUUUCCUCCUCUGGCUCCGCCUCUACAGAUGGGACUCUUUACUCCGUCCCCCGUCCCCCCGCCAGCCUUCCCUACGCAGGAUGAUGAAACAUGACCUGGAGUAGUCCUUCCAACUCUGCUUUUAGGAUCGGUUGACAGUAUUAACUGGUGGCCCGAUUUCAGUGGUACGUUUUGCGAUUGUAUUGUCGGUCACAACCAAAAUAAAUAUGCUACUGAUGUUUGAGACAACUCGGUGAAUCCGACCACUGCCAUAGUCUGCAUCAUCUCCCAUCCUUCCGCCAUACAUUUAUAUGAGAGUAAUUUUCUCAAAGCUGCACACAGAUAUUAAGA